UUCUUGUACUAACAUUGAAGAUGGUGAAACAAUGGAGUUGGUUGCAAACUUUCUUGACUUCUCUAAUCCUAUUUUGGAACAUCCCUGCUGAGCACUUGACAUUGAAAUGGGCGAUUCCCAAACAAUUUCCAUAUCAAGUAUUUUAUUCGAUAGCCAAUUAUUCUCAAAUCGAUAUACAAUGGAGUCCUCAGUGUAGCGGCACAAUCUUCGCAAAAAAUGGAAUUGGGACAGCAGCUUCUUGUCUGGACACCAAGUUCGAUUUGGUACGCAUUUACUUUGGAGCCGUCAAUAUUUCAAAUCCAUAUGAAAUAGGACAAACUCAUGUUACCUUAAAUCGAAGCGAAAUUGGUUUUGUGCGGUGUGCACAUUAUAAUCCUGUUACCUUAGAGAACAAUAUAGGGAUAAUUAUACUACCCUAUGAUCUGGAAUUCAAUGAGUAUGUUCAAGCAGCUUUACUACCAGGCAAAUCCGAUAUUAGUUCCUACGCUGGCCAAAAUAUGAUCAUAUCUGGUUGGCAUAAAAGUUAUAAGAACUCGCCGGACAUGGUUUUAGGAUUUGUGGAAACGCAUGUAACAAAAUUCGGUAAAGAUUUGUCUAUUUUACGUUAUAAAAAAGAUCUAGCGGACGUGGCAAAUGUUGGAAGUCCCAUCGUUAUACACAAUGCAAAUGAAUCGCAAAAUAUUGCCGUGGGAAUGUUUGUUACACCUAAAGCACAUCUAAAACAUAUGAAACGUGGAUUCUUUGUCAAUUUAUAUCAAUUUAUUAAAUGGAUUUUCGAUGUGAUCAAUGGAAAAAUCAAUGCAAUCGGAUAGAUUAAGGAAACUGAGUUAAAUUUCAAGUACUUGAAGAAAUCAACGCUAUAAUUUAAAAAAAACAAUAAUUUCUCUUUAAUAGCCAAUAUUCACAUCGAUUUAGUUUAAAAUAUAUCAUCUAACCACACCGAACUUACAGACAAAGAGAGAGUGAAGAUCAAGUAUGACCAUACGAAAAAGUAAAGGAUAACUGAAACUUAAUUCGGUCACUUUUGUUAUGCAUACUAUGGCCACACUUACAACAAUUUCAAAUCAAGUUCAUGUAUACGUAUUCAGUGUUGGUAAAUAAAGAAUUCAACUACGUAGAAUUCUGCAAUAAAAAUAGAUGCUUUUAUCUCGA